UGCCCCGCACUGCCGCUGCUGACGUGUUGUUUACAUCUGACAGGUGGCGGCGGGCGGCUGGCGAUGUGUCGGUGGGUGGCAGCCUGCAGUGUGUUGACCCUGGAAGCUUGACGUUCAACACCAGGUUGUGGAGAUUCUGCGCGAGACGUGACAGCACUGGACAUCAGGGGCAGGCAGCAGCAGCAGCACUGCAGCAGCGUGAGGCGGCAUGACCUGAGUCUGGGUGGUGAGGAGGCGGCCACAGGUGAGACUCCAUCAGGCGGUGGUGUGUUCAGUCCAUUGGUAUGUGAUGUAAUUAGUGUGCACCAAUGCCGCCACGUAGGAGUGUGUACCACACCGGGCAGUAGCUGUCGCCUUGCCUGGGAUACUGAUGCACAGUGUUUGCUUGUACUGCACACUGGCACUGACACCCCAGCACGCGGCACUGUAAGAUUGUGUGCCAGGACUGCUGCUUCCUCGAGGUAAAGUUACAUUUUGUUAAUUGCUCUGACGUAUAGUGAUAUGUUGGGUGGCACUGAUGUGUGGUUGACAUUAGGUAGCACUCUGACCUAUAGAGACCCAUUGGAUGGCAUUCUGUGGUAUGGUGACACAUUGGGUGGCAUUCUAAGGUAAAGUGACAUAGUAGGUAGGUGGCACUCUGAGGUUGCACAGUGGUGGGGUGUUGAGAGAAGUAACACUGUUGCUGGUGUGGUCUACAUUGUAAUGGAAGUGUCUUGCAUCUCAGCUGUGUAACUGCAGGCUUAACAUUCAUAGAAGACUGUAAUAUUGUACUGAUUUCUAUAUAGUAUGUACUUAUACAUCGGGUUUCCUUCCUGUGAGUGUUUGGAGAUAAAUGAAACAUGGAUGUGUUGCAGAAGCAUCAUGGGAGCAACAUCUGCCAUCGUGCUGGUGUUUGUCGGGUGUUGCACCAAUGUGGUGUUCCUGGAGCUUCUGGUCAAGGAGGAGCCAGGCAGUGGGAACAUCAUCACCUGUGCCCAGUUUGUCUUCAUCGCUCUUUAUGGCUUCCUGUUCACCACACAGCUGGGCACCAAGAAGAAUGUUGUCCCCAUCAGGGACUACAUGGUGCUGGUGGUGCUGUUCUUUGUGGUCAACGUCUGCAACAACCUGGCAUUUGCAUUCAAAAUCUCUAUGCCGCUCCAUAUGAUAUUCCGCAGUGGAGGCCUCAUUGCCAACAUGGUGAUGGCAGUGGUGGUGCUUGGCCGCCGUUACUCACCCUCCAAGUGUCUCAGUGUGGGCAUGAUCACCCUCGGCACCCUCGUGUGUACCUACGCGUCUGCCCAGACCCUGUAUGAAGGUGGAGGAGGAGGAAGUAGUGACGGAGGCAGUGGUGAGGACAGUGGAGUCGUGGUGCCCAGUUUGAUGACCUGGCUGGGAGGCAUUGCCUUGCUGACCUUUGCUCUGUUCCUAUCAGCCAGAAUGGGCAUCUUCCAGGAGUGUUUGUAUGCCCGCUAUGGCAAGCACCCGUGGGAGGCUCUGUUCUAUAUUCACGCACUCUCCCUUCCUGGCUUCCUGCUGACAGUGGGCAGCAUAGCAGACCAUGCCCAGAGGUUCACCUCCUCCACCCCCCUGCCCUCUCUGGCCUCUGUACCAGUGUUGUCAGCCAUUCCUCACAUGUGGCUCUAUCUCCUGGGCAACACCCUCACACAGUUUGUGUGCAUCAGCUCUGUGUUCCGGCUCACCUCAGAGUGCACCUCCCUCACCGUCACGCUGGUGCUCACUCUACGCAAGUUUCUUUCUCUUCUCUUCUCCAUCGCAUACUUCUGCAACCCCUUCACUGUCACUCACUGGCUGGGCACAGCACUUGUGUUUGGCGGCACUCUGGUCUUCUCUGAGGUGCCAGACAAGCUGAGGGAAGCAGUGGCACCCUCACCUCCUGUGGCAGCUACCACCACCACCACCACCAAGAAGACUGACUAAUGGGUGAGAGAGAAAGAGAGAGAGAGAGAGGACAGGUGGUUGGAAUUGAUUGGAUAGAGACAGGCAAUGUAUGUAAAAACAGAUUGCAAUUUACAGAUGUCUCAUUUUUAGAUAUAAAAAGUUACAGAAGAAAUGAUUAUGACACUUAUUCUGAUUUUCAGGUGCAGACUUUGGAUACAUAAUCAAGAAACUCAAAUAUUGAUCUCAGAGUUAUACAUUGAAUAUAAGAAUAUACAACAUAUUAUUUAUAGUUAAUAUGAAUUUACAUAUUUUCUCUUUAUGAGCUGUUUUUUAAGAUAAUGACUCCUUUGUAGGUCACAUUUCACCUGUCGUUGUUGGCUGUAGUGUUAUUGAUGUGAGUUGUAUACGUACAUAAACCAAGCUACCUGAGGAAGUGGAGAGAGUAUUAUUGUAGGAUGGCUGAGUGAAGGGGUGGGUGUUGUGGUGCUGGUAUGGGGAAUGUGUUGCUCUCUUGCUGGAAGGCAGAGGAGAAACAUGAGGGACAAGUGGAGAAGACACUUCUAUGGCACCAUUCCAUAACUAGGAUUAGGGAAAUAGCAAAAGGAAAAGAGAAGAAACGAGGCUGUGUAGUGCUGUGGUGAAACAUUCCUGUUGUGUCAGUGUAAUGAAUAAUGUGAUACCCUUGUGCUCUGCUGGCCUACUGUGGCUUUUCAUGGGUCCAUGGAGAGUGUGAAUGUUCUCUGUAGUGACAAGAUUCAUAUAAUGUAUUACUUAUUGGGGAGGCAUAGGUGAUGUUGAAGGGUGUCUGAUGCUAUUGUUGAGAUGGAGACAUUGAUGAAGUUGAGGGUUCCAUGAAGGCAGUGUUGGAGGUCGAAGGGUCUGUAAUGCUGCUGCUCUUUAAAUGUUACCUGCUUGAGAUGGAGAGGUGUUGAUGAAGUUUAAAGUUCCAUGAAGGUCAGUGUUUAAUGUUUUGCAUGUUCCCUUCACAAGCAUAGUCCUGGUGUCAGCAUUGUUUGUACAACAGGCACUAUCAUCUUACUGCUAGCAAUAAUACUCGUACACCAUCACUUACCAGGAAACAACUCGUCAUAGGCAGCUGAGUUAUAUCUGCUGUGAUGGUGAGUGGUUCUUGCCUCGCUCUGCUCCCUCUACCAUUGGCAUCUUAUUUAGUGACGAAGAGUAGAUACCACUAAGAUCCAUAUUCAGAAACACUUUUCUCUCUCAAUCAUCGUGACAGUUUUCAAAGGUCACAGAGAUGAUGAGCUCAGUUCUUGACUUUGUUUGUUUUGUUCAUAAUGUACAAAUAUUGAUUUGCCACCAAAACCUUAAAGACACUCUUCAAAACUCUUGUCCCUUCAACUAGAGCAGUGCAGAAGUGUUCCAGAAUAGUGUAUUCCUGACAGUGAUGAAUGGCACUUUUCAUUCCAUGCUUCCACUGACCUGACUUAACUAAUCACUGAAAGAUGGAGAUACAGCCAGGAGGGAUGACUGCUUCUCUCCUCAUUCCUCAUUCCAUGCUUCCACUGCUUUCAUCACCUUAUUGACAGGGAAUACAGCACAGCCGGCACUGAUGCACAGUACCCUCAUCACUCCCCUCUUCUUUCUUUGCACUGACGAGGAGUGAAGCACAGGCAGUGGUGAGGAACAGUGUGCCUCUCACUGCUUGCUUCACCAUUCAUCAUUCCAUCAGUCUUCCUUAUUCUAAGAAUGCUACCAUUGCUCCCCUCCAUGUUACUGAUUGGUCUACUCUGGAGGUAUAAGCUGUCAAUAUUCAAAGAUACGCUUGAUGUCUGUGAAUCUCAUACAAACAGUGAAACUUAAUCCAGAUGGAAAGUUGUUUUAUAUUGCAAAGUUUAUUGUUAAAUGUUGUUGUUGUUGUUGUUGUUGUUGUUGUCGUUAUAUUUAUUUCUUUGAUGUGCAUACUUGGUGUGCUUUGCAUUUAAAUUUUCUACAGUACAUCACGAUAUACUACAGUACAUUUAUAUACCCUAAGGUGUUGAUCCUCAUGUUAUGUGCAGUGUUUGUUGAUCCUGGUGGUACAUAAAGGACAGUUACUCCACAAAGGAAGGCUGCAAGCUGGUUAAUUGUGAGUUUUGUCCUUAGUUUUCUCAUUUGACGGCUGAAAAUUUAGUGUCUGUGAGGCAUUAUAUCUAUUAACUCAUUUAUUAGAUAUUUAUUACAUUCAUCUUCUAUUUAUUAUGUUAGAUAUUUAGUAUAUUUAUCUCCUAUUUAUUUCGUUAGUUUAUGGAACUGUAGGAUAAUAUUGUUGUUCACAAAAUACUUGUCAUUGGAUGAAGCAAUUUGCAAAACAUUUAUUUACUUAUUUUUUCAACCAUUCCCAGCUUGUUUACUGAAUGUGUGAGGUGUGGCUGGCAAGUGUUGUGUUGCAGUGGUGCAGUGCAACACUGUCUGUGUCCUCUCAUCCAUUCCUAUAGAUAUGCUGCCACAGUAAUGCUGUGUCAAAUACGGGUUGUCUUCAUUUGCGUGCGCGUGCUCGUGUGUGUGUGUGUGUGUGUGUGUGUGUGUGUGUGUGUGUGUGUGUGUGUGUGUGUGUGUGUGCACGCAUAUAAUUAUUGAAAGGUAUAUUAUACAGUGGUAAGAUACAAUUAAGUGAAUAUGCAUUGGGACCAACAGUUGUUGAGUUAGGGUUGUGCCUGGCAGGGGCAGGCAGCAGCAGACAUGUGCAGCUGUGAUGGCUUGUCAAGUAUCAGUCCAUUGUACAAUACAGUACCCAGAGUAGCUGUAACCCAGAGCGGUUCAUUGCUGUGAAUGGCAGGAAGUGAGAUGAAUAGAGUGUAGUUCUAUAUGAAUUUGUGCUGAAAAUGUACUUGUAUGAUAUUCCUUGUUUAGCAAUGUUGAAAUAUCAUCAAUGAAUAGCCAAACACCAAGAGUGAAUUACAAUAGCAGUAGUUGGGAACAAUAAAAGUAAACAUUGAU